UGUUAAAGUGUAUAGUGUGGUGUUGGGUAGGUGGGCGUAUAGGAAUAAAACUAAUCUAACGAGGUCCAUCGUACCUACCAAACCGACCAAACUCAGCAGCUACCCUUCCAAGUCUCUCUCCAUAAACUCAAUUCGUCACUCACCAACUUCUGCGUUUUCUCUCUUCUUCUCCAAUACAUAUAAUUAAAGUGCAACUUCUGCUAUUUCUGUUAAUCUUCUCUCCUGUUUCACCGUUUUCUGGGUUCAGCUUGUUGACUUCAAAGUCAACUGCACAUAUAAAUGGCGCAGGAAGUGGCAAAUACAAGUGAAGAGGUUCUUCUUGGAGAAGAAAUAGAGCACGUGAGAUUGAUCACGCUGAACCGGCCGCGUCAUUUGAAUAUCAUCUCUUCAAGAGUGGUUUCUCUGAUAGCAGAAUACUUGGAAAAGUGGGAAAAAGAUGACAACGCUGAGCUUGUUAUAAUCAAGGGAGCGGGCCGGGCUUUUUCAGCUGGUGGAGACUUAAGAAUGUUUUAUGAUGGCAGGACACAAAAGGAUUCAUGCCUUGAAGUGGCUUAUAGAUUUUAUUGGCUUUGCAAUCACAUUCAUACAUACAAGAAAACCCAGGUUGCUCUUGCUCAUGGAAUAUCGAUAGGUGGAGGUGCAUCGUUAAUGGUCCCAUUGAAGUUCUCGGUUGUCACAGAAAAAACUGUCUUUGCUACUCCAGAAGCAAGUAUUGGGUUUCAUACUGAAUGUGGCUUCUCAUACAUCCAUUCUCAUCUCCCUGGGCGUUUGGGUGAAUAUUUGGCCUUAACAGGAGCAAGGUUAAAUGGUAAAGAAUUGGUUGCAGCCGGACUGGCGACUCAUUUCGUUCCUUUUGAGAAAAUUCCUGAGCUGGAGAAGCGUUUGGUGAGUUUAAAUUCUGGGAACGCUGAUGCAGUCAAAUCAGCAAUUGAAGAAUUUUCAGUGGAAGUUGAGCCUGAUGAAGACAGUGUCUUAAACAAGCAGUCAAUAAUUGAUGAGUGCUUCUCCAAGGAUACUGUGGCUGAGAUUAUAGAAUCAUUUGAAGUAGAGUCAAGAAAAGAAGGAAAUGGAUGGAUAGGCCCGGUUCUAAAAGGGCUGAAAAGAUCAUCCCCAACUGGAUUAAAAAUCACACUUAGAUCAAUUCGUGAAGGAAGGAAGCAAUCAUUGUCCGAGUGUCUGAAGAAGGAAUUUAGACUAACCAUAAACAUAUUACGAUCCACCAUAUCUGCUGAUGUGUAUGAGGGAAUUAGAGCUCUCACCAUUGACAAGGAUAAUUCUCCCAAGUGGGAUCCACCAACUCUAGACCAAGUGGAUGAUGAGAAAAUAGACCUAGUAUUUAAGCCGUUCGAAGAAAAUUUGGAGCUUCAGAUUCCAGAGAAGGAAGAGUGCAGGUGGGAUGGUAAAUAUGAGAAUUCAGCCUAUGCAAGUCUGAAGGUGACGGGAUAAGCAAGUCUGUCAUUGGCAUCUGCUUGUUAUUGUUCAUCAAAGUUAUUGCUUCUUCCGGAAUUGCAUCGUGUAUAUUCAUGAAGCUGAUUUUACUAUUAGCAAUGAAAACCAAUCACGAAUUUCUAUCUUUGUAACUUUUUUAUCAAAUUAAAUUUUCAUAUUUAUUUGCCUGUCAACCUCAAGAGAGCGUUGGGAACUUGAGUAUGGUAACGUGGUAUAUGAAACUUGACAAACUUUCCUUUGCAAGCGCAUGUAUGUGGUCGUUUGUCAAUAAUAUGAUCUUCACUAGAAUUAUGUGGUC